AUGCUUCAGACGCCAACAACUGUCAAAAGAUUUGUCCUUCGACGGCGCUUGGAAGAAGAUCCGUACACGUAUCCCUACAUGAUCACCACUACUGCCAGACACACCGGCCUGUCUCGCCAAACAACAAUAUCCGACUUUUUUCAAAAAUCAUGUGCCGUAUACAUCACGACGCCGGUCGACACUCGCAGACCCGUAGGCAAGGAGCAGUUGCUUCGGACGUUUAACUAUUUUUCCAAAAGACUCGAUAUCAAAGCCGCGCUCGCAGAGAACUACGGCGACGUAGCAAUGGUGAUGAGAGAUGCAUUUCCAUGCAAAUUUCUCGCGUGUUGGUCGCCCAGAAGCCCCCACGGCGUCUCGGAGAUCCAGCAGGCUCAUCAACGCAUCUGCUCUCAGAUCGAGGCUCGACAGACCGAUGCUGCUAUCAGUCACACCAGCUCCCAGCUUCAUCCGCUCUUUAGGGCUGUUUUAAUUAUCAUUGAUCGCCUCGACGACUGUCACGCUCAGGGGGGGCAGCAGCGCCCAGGUUUGAUACAGUUGAUUCGCUCCGGGGACGACGCACAUCUCCGUAGUGGACCGAUUGAUCUGGAUCCCCUGCGAUUUACAUUUUGGGUCAGCGACGAUGGCAAUAUCCUGCGAGGCCGAUUUGAGAAUGUAAUGUUGUUGAUAAUGGAAUGGAGACGGCGCGAGGAUGAUACUACAAGGGAGGAAGAGGAUAUGGAGACGGAAAACGAGUUUUGA